AUGCAAUCACAUACAUUCACUCGGAGCCGUGGAGUUCCGAUUUAUAUGAAUGGAUCUGUAUCACAUCAAAGACUAUACGAUCGUCUUUCUGAGCCAUCAACAUCACGUCAACUGCCCAGAAGUAUAUCACUAGCACCAACUGGACAACGGGGAUCCAACAGAAGAGAAAGAGAACAUGUUGAUAACUCUCUUCCGUCUACCUUCAUUCCACGGUUUCACGACGAAUCAGCUGUUCGGAGAAUGACUUAUCGACAGAUACCUGGAACUGAUAUUCGAAUAUCCAAAAUUGGAUUCGGGGCAGCGGCUAUCGGUGGAAUGUUUGGAAACGUAGAAGAUUCAAUUACAAAAAUAGUUGAGACUGCUAUCAAACAAGGAAUAAACUACAUUGACACUGGAUACUGGUAUAGUCAGAGUCGAAGUGAAUCAAUUCUUGGAAAAGCACUAUCCAAAAUACCGAGAAAGUCAUAUUAUAUAAGCACAAAAGUUGGAAGAUUUGAGCUGGAUUAUGCGAGAACUUUCGAUUUUCGAGCUGAUAAAAUUCUCGAAUCAUUGACGAAUUCAUUGAAACGACUACAACUGACAUACAUUGAUAUCUGCUAUGUUCAAAUUCAUGAUGCAGACUUUGCUCCAAAUGAAUCAAUUGUGCUCUAUGAGACUCUACAAGCACUUGAAAUGGCAAAAUCGUCUGGAAAAAUUAGGCAUAUUGGAUUAACUGGGUACCCAUUAGGAAAACUUGUGCAUAUUAUUGAUUGCUCCUCUACAAAAAUUGAUUUCGUCAUGACAUACUGUAAAGGAACUCUAAAUAACAAUGCCCUUGGACAAUUCACUGCAUGGUUUCAGACACACAAUAUUGCAAUCAUUAAUUCAGGAGCCCUUUGUUGGGGACUUCUUACUGAAAAGGGACCUCCUCCGUGGCAUCCAGCUAGCGAUGAAAUUAGGGAAGCCUGUUUAGCAGCCACCACAUAUUGUUCUUCGAAAAACAUCAGCAUAUCGAAAUUGGCUCUGGAUUAUGCUCUCAAUUUUCCGAAUAUCAUUUGUUGUCUUGUUGGGAUGGAUAGUGUUCAACAAGUCAUGGAUAAUUUGGAGUUGGCUAACUAUACAAAAAUAACAGAUGUUGAACAACGAGUUCGAGAUCGUAUAAUGAGAAGGCAAUAUACAAAUAAAUGUUGCGGUCAACAUCAAAAACAAUAG